CCUUCUGCUACCAGACGACAGCAAAUCCACAGAGCUUCCUGCCUUCAUCCCCUGAACUGAAUGUGAAAGUCCACUUUUUAUCAUUUAUGCAGUCUUUCAUCAUGAAAAGCUCCAAAGAAGCUGUACAGGCCGCUGCCAAAGAGUUUCUUAAUUUUGUCAAUAAAGGAGUUUCACCUUACCAUGUGGUGGAGGAGUGCAAAUCUCGCCUCCUGAAGGCUGGUUUUACUGAGCUCAAAGAGGCUGAACAUUGGGACAUUAAACCUGCCAGUAAGUAUUUUGUAACCAGAAAUUACUCCACCAUUAUUGCCUUUGCUGUUGGUGGUCUCUACAAGCCCGGAAAUGGUUUUUCCAUGAUCGGCGCUCAUACGGACAGUCCAUGUCUGAGGGUGAAGCCGCGCUCUAAGAAGACAAAGUUAGGCUUCUUGCAGGUAGGAGUGGAGUGUUAUGGAGGUGGAAUCUGGAACACUUGGUUCGAUCGUGAUCUAACCAUUGCAGGACGUGUCAUGGUGAAGAGCGAAGGCAAGCUGGUGCAGCGUCUGGUCCAUGUGCCUCGUCCCAUUCUCAGGAUCCCCCACCUGGCCAUUCAUCUGCAGAGAGACAUCAACGACUCCUUUGGACCGAACAAGGAAAACCAUCUUGCACCUUUACUGGCCACUGCUGUACAGGAGGAGUUAGAAACAGGAUCUGCCUCUUCUGGAGAUGCCAGCAAUGCAACAUGUGUGGCAGAGAAGCAUCAACCUGCGCUCAUCCAGAUGUUAUGUGGACUGCUGGCAGUGGAGCCGAAUGAUUUACUGGACUUUGAGCUCUGUCUGGUGGACACACAGCCUGGCGCUCUAGGAGGUGCUUAUGAGGAAUUCAUCUUCUCUCCUCGUCUGGACAACCUGCACAGUUGUUUCUGUGCCCUCACGGCUCUCGUGGACUCCAGCACACCUGAUUCUCUAGCUAAAGAUCCUAACGUCCGUAUGGUUACUCUGUAUGAUAACGAAGAGGUGGGAUCUGAAAGUGCUCAGGGAGCUCACUCGAACCUGACAGAGUUGAUUCUGCAACGUCUAGCGUCAAGCCGUGACAAUCUGACAGCCUUUCAGGAGGCAGUGCCGCUGUCCUACAUGAUCAGCGCGGACAUGGCACACGCCGCACAUCCCAACUACCAGUCAAAACAUGAGGAAAACCACAGACCUGCUUUUCAUAAGGGUCCAGUCAUAAAGUUUAACAGUAACCAGCGCUAUGCAACCACUGCUGUAACUGCUGCCGUACUGCGGGAAAUUGCUGGAAAAGUGGGUGUACCUUUACAGGAUGUGAUGGUUAGGAAUGACAGUCCGUGUGGGACGACAAUUGGGCCAAUUUUGGCAGCUCGUUUAGGAAUGGCGGUCCUGGAUCUUGGAGCACCACAACUUGCCAUGCACUCCAUUCGUGAGAUGUGCUGCACUUCUGGAGUCCUUCAAACCACAACCCUCUUCAAGGGCUUCUUUGAGAACUUCCCCUUUAUACGAAGCACAGUAACCGUGGACUAAACUGCCAAAGAUUCGCCACAGCCACAGAGAUGGGAGGAUUCACAGACGUCAUUAAGGAAAUCAACAUCAUAUCAGUCAUUACCGUCUGUCCAUUUGUCUACAGUAAUCCAUCAUCUCUUGGUGAACCUAAAGUUUACACACACACGCGUACUGUGGCAUUUGAACACUGUUGUUAAUAAAAAACAAUAAGCCCA